AUGGUGAGACGAACUCGACUUUUUGGUGAUACUGAAGAUGAUGAAGGUGUUGGAGGUUCCAGCCACCCCGUACUGAAGAGAUAUCGUCGAGAUUUCCCUUCCAUGACCUCCUGGGAAGGACAAAGAGAGGAGAGUGAGCAUGAUGGAUCAGAAGAAGAAUAUCAAGAAGAUGAUGAUGAACUAGAAUAUCAAGAAGAUGAGGAUGAACUAGAAUAUCAAGAAGAUGAGGAAGAACAAGAAUUUAUCGCAGAUAAUGGUUAUGAUGAAGAUGUCUAUAUCGAAGAUGAAGAGGAAGAGCCAAAUUAUGAACCCAUCGGUGAUGAACCUAUUAAUGUCACCUUAAACGACCCAGGAGUUUUCGACUGCCCAAUUUGUUUUGAACCCUUAACCAUCCCAGUGUUCCAGUGUGAAAAUAAUGGGCACAUAGCUUGCUACUACUGCAGCUCCAAAAUACACAAAUGUCCAUCAUGUUCUAGCCCCUUUGGCUCUAGUCGUUGUCGGGUCAUUGAGAAGGUCCUGGAAUCAAGUACAACUUCAUGUCGAAAUAGCAAGUAUGGCUGCAAACAAACCAUGACUUAUGACAAGAAAAGAGAACAUGAAAAGGCAUGCAUGCAUUUGCCUUGUUCAUGCCCCCAUUCUGGCUGCGACUUUGUUGCUUCGUCUAGGAACUUAUACAAGCACUUUGACACUAAUCAUGUCAGUUCUGCGACCAAAUUCAGGUACUACCGUGAUUUUUCCAUUACAUUGAAAAAGAAUGAAAGGUUUACUGUUCUUCAAGAAAGAAAUGAAGGCACAAUGUUUAUCCUCAAGAAUCGCGUCAUCGAAGGUGUAGGGAAUGCGGUGAGGCUUAAUUGUCUUCAACCUAGCUUCAUGAAGGAGUCUUACUAUAAACUUGGUAUUAAGACCAACGGAAAUGUUCUCAGAUUACAGUCUUACACUAAGAGCAGUCCAUGCCAAGUUUAUGAUGGCCCUCCUUCUGCGAUGGCUACUUUCCUCUUAAUCCCACUCGAUUUGUUCGGAUCAAGUGAUGAGCUGUCCAUCAAUCUCUUUAUAUGGCCUAAGGGAGAUGAGUAUUUUGCAGGGUUUGAAGUCGAAGCCUUACCCUAUGAUUACUCAGCAAGUAUAGAGUGUUUAGCAAAUCCUCAGAAACCCAAGUAUGGUGGAGGUAUCAUUAUAAACCCCGAGUUAAAUGAUGGGUUAAAAGGAUGGACUUCUUUUGGCAAAGCAAAACUACAGCACACAGAAUCACAGGGUAACAAAUUCCUCGUGGCUCAUAGUCGAAUUCAACCGCAUGAUAGCAUGUCUCAAAAGGUUUACUUACGAAGUGACAAGCUCUACACAUUUUCUGCUUGGAUACAAGCAAGUAGUGGCGGUAGCGUUCCAAUAGCAGCUAUUUUCAAGACAGCUUCUGGAUUUUUAAAUGCUGGUGAGAUUAUUGCGGAAUCAAAUUGUUGGUCCAUGCUCAAGGGUGGUCUAACUGUCAAGGCUUCAGGCGAUGCCGAGCUCUAUUUCGAGAGCAAGAAUACUUCUGUUGAGAUUUGGGUUGACAGCAUCUCAUUGCAACCGUUCACCAAAAAGCAAUGGAAGUCUCAUCAAGAUCAAAGCAUUGCCAAUAAUCGUAAAACCAAGGUGCGAAUCCAAGCAGUUGAUGCACAAGGAAAUCCUCUACCAAAUGCUACAAUCUCCAUUCAACAAAAGGCUCCAAGUUUCCCUUUUGGUUGUUGUAUGACCAAUCUCAUCCUCAACAACCCUGCCCACCAAAAGUGGUUCACUUCAAGGUUCAGAGUAACAACAUUUGCUAACGAAAUGAAAUGGUAUAGCACAGAGAAUGUCCAGGGACGUGAGGACUACUCAGUGCCUGAUGCCAUGCUUCAGUUUGCACAACAAAACAACAUUGCAGUUAGAGGCCAUAAUGUGCUCUGGGAUGAUUCCCAGUACCAACUCGGUUGGGUCAAAUCACUCAAUGAGCAACAACUUGAAAGUGCAACUAACAAGAGGCUAAAUUCUGUUAUGCAGAGAUACAAGGGCAAGGUCAUUGCUUGGGAUGUUGUCAACGAAAAUUUACAUUGGAAUUUCUUUGAAAGUAGGAUGGGUGCAAAUGCUUCAGCAAUUUUUUAUAACUGGGCUAUUAAAGCUGAUGGAGCAACCCCCUUGUUCUUGAAUGACUUUAAUACCAUUGAGGAUAACAGAGAUGAAGCAGCCUCUCCAGCUAAGUACCUUCAAAAGCUCAGAGAUAUACAAAGCUUUCCGGGUAAUGAGGGCGGACGAUAUGGGAUUGGGCUUGAGUCUCAUUUCAAUAUUACUCCUAACAUUCCUUACAUACGAGCUUCUCUUGAUACUCUUGGGGCUGCAAAUGUGCCCAUUUGGAUCACAGAAUUGGACGUAGCAGAUCAUCUUGAUCAGCCAAGUAUAUUGGAGCAGCUUCUUAGAGAGUUGCAUUCUCACCCUCAGAUUCAAGGAAUCAUUAUGUGGGCUGGACGGGGACCACAAGGAUGUUACAGAAUGUGUUUGACAGAUGAAAACUUUAACAACUUGCCAACCGGUGACGUUGUGGACAAGUUACUGAAGGAAUGGGGUUAUUGGAGCUCAGCUUCUUUCACAGCAGACUCCAAUGGUUAUUUUGAGGUCUCCCUUCCCCAUGGAGAUUAUGACUUGAAGAUCAGCCAUUCUUCAGCCAUAGAUUCCUCCUUGGUUCACAAAUUGAACGUGGCAUCAACAACUAGGUCUCUGCAACUUUCUUUUUAA